AUGGGGAACAGCAAAAGCGGAGCCCUGUCCAAGGAGAUCCUGGAGGAGCUGCAGCUGAACACCAGGUUCACAGAGGAAGAGCUGAGUACCUGGUACCAGUCCUUCCUGAAGGAGUGUCCCAGUGGCCGCAUCACCCAGCAGGAGUUCCAGACCAUCUACUCCAAGUUCUUCCCCGACGCCGACCCCAAGGCCUACGCCCAGCACGUGUUCCGCAGCUUCGAUGCCAACAGCGAUGGCACCUUGGACUUCAAGGAGUAUGUCAUCGCCCUGCACAUGACCAGCAUGUGCAAGACCAACCAGAAGCUGGAGUGGGCCUUCUCCCUCUACGAUGUAGAUGGCAAUGGCAGCAUCAGCAAGAACGAAGUGCUGGAGAUCGUCACGGCUAUUUUCAAGAUGAUCAAUCCUGAGGAUGUGAAGUGUCUUCCGGAAGAUGAGAACACCCCGGAGAAGCGAGCUGAGAAGAUCUGGGGGUUCUUUGGCAAGAAGGAUGAUGAUAAACUUACAGAGAAAGAGUUCAUCGAGGGAACCCUAGCCAAUAUGGAAAUUCUACGACUGAUCCAAUUUGAGCCGCAAAAAGUGAAGGAGAAGCUUAAGGAAAAGAAACCCUGA